AUGAAGAUUAUUUCUUGGAAUAUUAGAGGGCUAGGAGGCCCUGAGAAGAGGAAGGAAGUGCGUCAGAUGGUGGGGGAGUUGAAACCUUUCAUUCUGUGUAUUCAAGAAACGAAGUUGCAAAAUUGUGAUACUUUUCUUAGCUCAACUCUUUGGGGUAGCUCUUCGCACGGUUUUUCUUAUCGACCAUCGGCUGGGGCAUCCAGAGGGCUUUUAACCUUGUGGGAUUCUUCUGAGGUGGAGGUGUGGUCGACUGAGAGCCGAGAGCAUGUGUUGUGGUGUCAUGGUCGAUUCUCGAAGACAGGGGAAGAAUUUUAUAUGGCAAAUGUUUAUGCGCCCUGUGAUGAUGGGGCUAAGCAAGGACUGUGGGAAUCUCUUUCGGCGCGGCUCCUCUUGCUGGCAGGGAAGAGGGUGUGUGUGUGUGGGGACUUUAAUGCGGUCAAACACAUUGAUGAAAGACGAUCGGUUAGGGGUGGAAAUCGGUCCUCAGAUCAUAUCCCUUUUAAUCAGUUUAUUGAAGAUAACAUGUUGAUUGAUCUUCCCCUAAUUGGACGUAAGUUUACCUGGUUCAAAGGGGAUGGUCACUCGAUGAGCCGUCUUGAUAGGUUUCUUCUUUCCGAGGAGUGGUGUUUGAAUUGGCCUAACUGUAAGCAAAUGGCCAAAAUGAGAGGGUUGUCUGAUCAUUGUCCUCUGGUCUUGUCUGCGAAUGAGGAACACUGGGGGCCAAGUCCGUCACGGAUGCUUAAGUGUUGGAAGGAUAUACCUGGGUAUAAAUUGUUUGAAGGGGACGCUAAUUCUAAGUAUUUUCAUUCAGUUUUAGCGAGCCGUCGUAGAAGGAAUUCUUUGGCAGUUAUUCAGGUAGACGGGGUUACGGUGGAGGGUGUUAAUCCUAUUAGGCAGGCAGUGUUUUCGCAUUUUGAGUCUCACUUUCAGGCUCCUAUUGUGGAUAGACCUGGGAUUGACGACCUUCAGUUCAAGAGGUUAAAUCUGGUGGAGAUUGGUGGCUUAACCAAACCUUUUUCGGAGACUGAGGUGAAGCAAGCGGUGUGGGAUUGCGAUAGUUAUAAAAGCCCAGGUCCUGAUGGUAUUAAUUUCAGCUUUAUUAAAGAUUUCUGGGUUGAGCUUCGAGGCGACGUGAUGCGCUUUAUUUCUGAUUUCCAUCGGAAUGGCAGGUUGACGAAAGGUAUCAACUCGACCUUCAUUGCUCUGAUUCCAAAAACGGAUAGUCCUCAGAGGCUGAGUGAUUUUCGCCCUAUUUCGCUUGUCGGAAGCCUCUAUAAAAUAUUGGCGAAGGUUUUAGCUAAUAGGUUGCGUCAAGUGAUUGGUAGUGUUAUUUCUGAGUCCCAGAUUGCGUUUGUGAAGAACAGACAAAUUCUUGAUGGUAUUCUCAUUGCUAAUGAGGUGGUGGACGAGGCGCGGAAAUCUAAAAAGGAUCUUUUGUUGUUCAAGGUUGACUUUGAGAAAGCUUAUGACUCGGUAGAUUGGGGAUAUCUUGAUGCCGUUAUGGGGAGAAUGGCAUUUCCGUCUUUGUGGAGGAAGUGGAUUAGAGAGUGUGUUUGUACGGCUACGGCUUCGGUACUUGUUAAUGGCAGUCCGACUGAUGAAUUCCCUCUUAGGCGAGGGCUUAGGCAGGGUGAUCCGCUCUCUCCUUUCCUUUUUCUUCUAGCGGCUGAGGGCCUUAAUGUGCUUAUGGAGGCUAUGGUGGCUCGUAAUUUGUUUACGGGUUAUAGUAUUAGUGGACAGGGGUCGGUCUCGGUGUCGCACCUUCAAUUUGCUGAUGAUACUCUCUUAAUGGGGAUAAAAAGCUGGGCAAAUGUUCGGGCUUUGAGGGCUGUUUUAGUGCUUUUUGAGACUAUGUCUGGAUUGAAGGUUAAUUUUAAUAAAAGUAUGUUGGUUGGCGUUAAUAUCUCUGAGUCCUUGUUAUGCGAAGCUGCGUCUACUCUGUGUUGUAAGGUGGGAAAGAUUCCUUUCCUUUAUAUGGGUCUUCAGAUUGGGGGUGAUCCGCGUCGUUUGGUGUUUUGGGAACCGAUGUUGACUCGUUUAAAGAACAGAUUGUCUGGGUGGAAGAGUCGCUUUUUGUCUUUUGGUGGUCGUCUGGAGUAUGGAGGCUUGGGGGUUAGACAGUUGCGUGAGUUCAAUAUAGCGUUGUUGGGCAAGUGGUGCUGGAGGAUGCUGGUGGAUAGAGAGGGACUGUGGUUUAGAGUGCUGGUAGCUAGGUAUGGGCUUGAGGGAGGUAGUUUACGAGCGGGUGGUCAGAGAGGAUCGGUGUGGUGGAGGGAGCUAGUGCGUAUUCGGGAGGGUGUUGGUGAGCCAGGAGGCAGUUGGUUUAGUGAGCAUGUUUCGAGGAGGGUGGGGGAUGGGUCGGAUACUCUUUUUUGGACUGAUCCAUGGUUGGAUGGGAUUUCGUUGAGGGAGCGGUUUGGGCGCCUUUUUGAGUUGGCUGAUCAGGUUAUUGACAGGUGGCACUGGAGGCUUGAUCCAGACUCAGGUUAUACGGUCGGGGGAGUUUAUCAGCUUCUGACGUCUCAGGAAUCAGUUACUUUGGAAGAUGCUGACAAACUUAUAUGGCACUCUCAGGUUCCCUUGAAGGUUUCCAUCUUUGCGUGGCGUUUAUUGCGGGACAGGUUGCCCACGAGAGCUAACCUGGUUUCUCGUGGCGUUUUGUCUCCCACGGCUGCCACUUGUGUUUUUGGAUGUGGAGCAGCUGAGUCGGCCCAUCAUUUAUUCCUCUCCUGUAGUAUUGCUGGAUCGCUUUGGGAUUUAGUUCGUGCAUGGAUUGGCAUUUCCUUGGUGGACUCCACGUCUCUGCGUGAUCAUUUUGUUCAGUUUACGGCCUCGUCAGUGGUGCGCACUAGAGGAACAGACGACAGAAUUAGGCAUAACAGAGGACGUGCGGAGUCUCGACAGCAUCAGGGGGAGCCGGAACACGAUGAGCCUUUGCCGGCAGUGGUUGAGCAGCAGGUUGUGCAGCAAGGCUGGCCUGGAGGGCCGAUCGAUACGAGUCUUCUGACUCGAUACGAGCAGCAUGUUGCUCGUUAUGUAUGGUUUGGUCAGGAAUGUGUCGUGGGUGACAAAAUUGAGUUAAGGAUAGCAUCUUUAGGAAGAAAGGUAGUUGAGAGGGUUCUUGAUCACCAUCCUGAAAUUAUUCAAGGGUGGUUGAAUAUUUCGGGGUUGUGCUGGCUUGAGCGGAUUAGCUUGAAACUCACCAAUCCGCAGCUUCUAUCGGCAUUUGUUGAGAGGUGGCACCCUGAAAAACAUUGUCAUUUCACAUGUCGUUCGGCGAAAUGA